AUGAAAUCAUUAUUUAGGGUAGCCGCUUGCACCAGUCGGCCAGCAAUGCACUGGCCCGUCCUUUUUGUAGCUGCUUUAGCAGUCUAUACCCAAGCCAGCUCCAUAAAAUCUGUUCCUGCCUGCGCUGCCGGAGAGCAAUCAGUUCUUCUUUUGGAACAUAACGCUACAGUUGGAGCCGUUCUUCGAACUCUCCCAUCUGUUUCUUUCGCUGACUGCAGUGAUCACUGCUCAUCUUCUCUUGACUGUCAUGGAGCCGUUUACACAACUGCUGAAUGUAAAAUUUUUGGUGAAGGAGAAGAAAAAGCUCCUGAAGGAACCAAAGUUUUGAAGAAGAAUUGUGUCAAGAGUGACAGAGUUUGCUCUUCUCCAUUCCACUUCGACGCUUUCGAGCAAAAAAUUUUAGUUGGAUUUGCUCGCGAAGUAGUACCAGCUGAAAACAUUCAAGUUUGCAUGGCUGCUUGUUUGAACUCUUUUGAUACCUUCGGAUUUGAGUGUGAAUCUGUUAUGUACUACCCAGUAGAUAAAGAAUGUAUCCUCAACACCGAGGAUCGUCUUGACAGACCAGAUCUUUUCACUGAUGAAGUUGACGACACUGUUGUGUACAUGGAUAACAAUUGUGCUGGAUCCCAAUGUUAUGCUCCAUACAUAACCCAGUACAUUGCUGUUGAAGGAAAGCAACUCGAGAAUGAGCUUGAUCGUAUCAUCAAUGUCGACCUUGAUUCAUGCCAGAGUCUUUGUACUCAACGCCUCUCUGUAUCUGCUAAUGAUUUCAACUGCAAAUCUUUCAUGUACAACAACCAAUCCCGCACCUGUAUCCUUUCCGAUGAACGUUCUGCUCCAAUGGGACGUGGUAACCUCGUCUCCACUCCCGGCUUCACCUAUUUUGAGAAGAAAUGCUUUGCAUCUCCCAACACUUGCCGCAAUGUCCCAUCUUUCACCAGAGUUCCCCAAAAGAUUCUUGUUGGAUUCGCUGCUUUCGUUAUGGAGAACGUUCCAUCUGUCACCAUGUGUCUCGACCAAUGUACCAACCCUCCACCUGAGACUGGAGAGGACUUCGUAUGCAAAUCUGUUAUGUAUUACUACAACGAACAAGAAUGCAUUUUGAAUGCUGAAACCCGCCACAGCAAGCCAGAUCUUUUCAUCGCUGAAGGAGAAGAGUUCCUAGUUGACUACUUCGAUAUCACUUGUCACCUUGAAGCUGAGAAAUGUGCUCCAGGAAGCCAUUUGAAGGCUGUCCGCACUAUCAACACAGCUCUCCCAGAAGGAGACGGAGAAUUACAUGUUCUGAAGAACGUCGGAACAGGUGUUCAAGAUUGCAUGAAGAAGUGUUUCGAGAUGGCUCCAGAAAAAUGCCGCUCUUUCAAUUUCGACAAGAAGACUGGUACUUGUGAUCUUCUCUACUUGGACGGAAAGACCACACUCAGACCCGCAGUUCGUCAAGGAACAGACUUGUACGACCUCCAUUGCUUAGCUGCGUUAACUUUAGUUGAAGCUGAGUGCUCCACUAAGAAGGAAGAUGCUCUUUUCUCCCGCUAUUUGUACACCAAGCAACAUGGAAUCCCAUCAAAGACUUACAAGAUUGUUUCCCUCAACUCCUGUCUGGAAGUAUGCGCUGGAAACCCAACCUGCGCUGGAGUUAACUAUAACCGCCGUCUCGGACAGUGCGAUGUUUUCGAUGCUAUUGAUGACGCCUCUGAUGUUAAUGAGCAUGUCGACUUCUACAAAAACCUCUGUGUUGUAAAGGAGGAAGACUCUGGCAUCUCAGCUGCCGCCAACGUCCCAACUCCUACCCACCGUGUUAGCGGAACUGUCACUGGAAAAGACAAGAGUCAUCUCUCUGCUAGCAAGAAGGUCAAGCCACAUAUCAAGGAACAGGAACAUCGCCGUGCCCCAGAAUCUGUUCUUCCUCUUGGUCCUCCAGUAUCUAUCCCUGCUGAUGCUAUCCAAACCCUUUGCAACUACGAAGGAAUCAAAGUACAAGUUAACAAUGGAGAACACUUUAGCGGAGUUAUCUUCGUCAAGAAUAAGUACGAUACUUGCCGCGUAGAAGUUGCUAACUCCAACUCUGCCACCCUCAACCUUGGUCUUCCUAAAGACUUUGGAAUGAAGCCUAUUGCUCUCGCUGAAGGAGAAGAAUCUACAACUGAAGUCUCUGCUAAGGCUGAGCUUGUGAAAGAAGGUGGAGAGCUUGAAGAGUUCAAGAGACACAGAAGACAAGUUGAAAGCCGUGACUGUGGAAUCGUAGACAUGCUCAAUGGAACAUAUAAGACUACUGUUGUUAUUCAAACUAACAACCUCGGUAUCCCAGGACUUGUAACUUCAAUGGAUCAACUUUAUGAAGUUUCUUGUGAUUAUUCUAGCAUGCUCGGAGGAAAAGUUCAAGCUGGAUACAACAUGACUGUCAAUGGACCAGAACCAAAUCUCAUUCAACCAAGAGGAAAGAUCGAACUUGGAAACCCUGUUUUCAUGCAACUUCUCGGUGAAGGAGAGCAACCACUCACCCAAGCUAAACUUGGAGAUAUCCUCGAGCUUCGUUGGGAGAUUAUGGCUAUGGAUGAUGAGCUUGAUUUCUUCGUCCGUAAGUGUCAUGCCGAACCAGGAGUCGGAGCCAAGAGCGAUGAAGAGAAGGAGAAACUUCAACUUAUUGAUGGUGGCUGCCCAACUCCAGCUGUUGCUCAAAAAUUGAUCCCUGGACCAGUCGAAGUUCAAAGCAGCAAAGUCAAGCUCACCAGAAUGCAAGCUUUCCGUUUCGAUUCUAGCAGCACCAUCAGAAUCACUUGCGAGCUCGAAAUCUGCAAGGGAGAUUGCACUCCUGUUGAAUGCCCAUUGGCUCAUGGACAAAAGCAAAGCUGGGGCCGCAAAAAGAGAGAUAUCGACAACUCUAUCACUGAUUAUGAAACUGCUCGUUACAAAAUUCCAAGAAUUUCUCAAGCUACCACAAGUCUGGUUGUUGUUGAUCCACUUCAAAUGGUACAAGAACCAAUCAGUUUGGCUCGCGCCAGUGCUUUGGAUAUGAUGCAAGAAGAUGCUCAAGAAGUUUCUUUGGAGAUGCCAGGCCAGAUGUGCAUAGGAAAGGUCGCACUUUACGGAGUUUUCGGAAUUCUUAUCACCCUUACCAUCAUUCAAGCCAUAGUUUUGCUUCGCUACGUCCUUCGACGCAAACCUUCCAAGAACUAA